AUGGGUAUGAUACCGCUGCACUAUAGACGCCCAUCAUUCGUUGAAAAGACGAUGAUGGGAGAUAGCCAGAGUUCGCUCGAGGAUGGAGAUGGAGAGCGUUCGCUGAGAUCUGCCAAGUCUGGAAACCUGUCGGGAAUCCCCGAAGCCCUCAGCUUCGACAAGAUCGUGGACGGGGGAACGUGCCCGCCGUGCACGCUCCGAGAGUUCAUGAACUAUCUUGUUUACAUCGAGCGGUCUGCCGAGAACCUCCAGUUCUACCUGUGGUUCCGCACCUACGUGACUCGCUUCAAGCUGGCCAAGACCAUGGAUAUUUCUCUGGCCAUGGAAUGGACCCAGGCCAUGGAAGACGAAGCCAUUGCGCGGAUCCAGAAGGAGCACGCCGAGAAGGCGCGCAAGGCUCCCAAGGCAGGCACGGCGGCUGAGAUCUUUGCCGGCAGCGACUUUGUCAAGGGCUCCGAGACCCCGAGCGUGGCUAACACCGAGAUUGCCAACCCUUUUGGUACGCCGCCUGCGACCCCCUCGGAGUUCAACCAGCCAUUCGACUAUAGCAACAGCUCGGAGGACGAUUCGUAUAGGAUGAAAGCAAACAAAGCGUUUGCAUCUGCGGGCGUCAAGGCGCCCUUCACGAUCCAACCCUUCCGCAAGGAGGUUGACCGCGUGGUCGCGACAUACAUCAUGGACGGGGCGCCUCGCCAGCUCAACCUGUCGGACCGGGAGCGAAAGGCGGUGCUGCACGCGCUGGCGUUCACGACGCACCCAUCGGCGUUUAGCAUCGUGAUCCAGGCGACCGAGUUGACGCUGCGGCGGCAGGCACACCCAAACUUCAUUCGCUGGUCGAUCUGCAACGGCAACCCGGCGCGCGUGUCGUUCGCGCGGGGCCUCGGCGCCAGCCUCAUCCUAGCGGGCUUCGCGGCGGCCGUGGUGCUAACGCUAUCGGGCGCCGCGCGCGGGUACCGGGCGCUGGCGUCCGUCGGGUGGGUGCUAGGCAUCUCGACGCUCAUCGCCGCGUGGAAGGGCAUGUGCGUGGUGCUGCACGGCAUGCACCACCGCCACGUGCGGCCGUGGGAGCUCUUCAUCCACGAGCUCGAGGACGCCGAGUCCGACCGCAUCAAGAAGCACUCUUUCGACAGCUUCGGCUCCGCCAACAGCUACGAGGAGCAGCCGUGGGUCAUCCGCUACCAGCGCCGCAACAUCGUCCGCAAGGUCUUCGACCGCGAGGUCCACAUCCGCGAGCCGGCGCUCCGCCAGAUCCAGGACGUCAUCUUCCUCCAGAGCGUGCUGUGCGCCGUGGUCCUCUCGGCCGUCUUGACGGUCAUUUUCGUCCUCGUGCCGGGCGCGGACAUGUUUUGA